AUGACAGCCACAUCCGACGCUAGCGCAGGCCCCGGCCGCCUCCCAUCAUCCUCUCCAUCAUCUUCCGGCAACAAGACCUUCUAUCCCCUCUGGCCAGAGUCGCAUGACCAAGCCGAAUACUUCCAAGUCCCGCCAGACCACUUCUUGGCACAGCAACGAGGCCCUAACAAAGCUAGUCAGCCAUCUACAUCAACGUCAGACCACCAUCAUCUCGUUCGACGCUCCUCUGCCUCUUCAUCCUCCUCCGUCGUCAUCAGCGAUGCUUCCAUGCCUGUCGCUGGUCUUUCUUUCGCUUCAGAUCCUGCUGCACUUUCACCACUAUUACUACCAACACCACAGCCAUUGUCAGAGCUAGCAACUGCAGUUCCUUCCCGCAUUCCAGCAAUCCCGACACCACUUGCACCCGCUUUCAAUCCUCUUGACCGCCUUGCAGAUGCAGUCCCACGCCCAGCUGGCUUUUCUACGGUCAGCGAACAGAUCCCCGAUACUUCCACCCUCGCUGCUGCCGAUUUCGACGUCGACGUUCGUUCCGGUUUCUUGCCACCAGAAGCACCCAUCCAGCGUCUCACAGACCUCCACGAACAACACUGGGAGCAUGCACUCGACCAAGCCAAGCAGAUCCCUCUCAUGCAAGGUGGAGGUGGCGUCAACAUCACCCAACACCAGCGCAUCCUUGCUCGUCGUUGGCGUCGCUCCAUCCGCCAAAUGCCAGUCUUGCCUCUUUCUGACCAGCUCGCCAACGACAUUCGCUAUGCUCGUCGAGGUCACCUCGUCCUCUCCUUCCUUGCUCACUUCUACAUUCACAGUCAGCCUCGCAAAUCCCAAGACGCUGCUCUUGUCGUCGCACCACAACAACCUAGCUGGCUCAACCUCUUCUCUCGCAACAAAUCACCAGAAGAGCUUCAAGAUGACCAAGACCUCGCUGAUGAGCUUGCAGGCAAACACAUGCGUCGCCUUCCUGCCGCUAUCUCAGUCCCAUGGGUUCAGCUAUCCCAGAAACUCGACUUGCCUCCUAUCCUCACCUAUGCCACUACUGUCCUUUGGAACUGGAACUACCUCGACCCAUCCCGCGGUUUGCAACCGGACAAUCUUCGAAUAGUCGAAACCUUCACUGGCACUCCUUCCGAACACCAUUUCUUCUUUACCUCACUGUUGAUCGAAGCGAGAGGCGUGGAGGCACUUGAGCUCAUGCGUGUCAGUUUGGACGAAGCCUUCGUUGCUGAUCGUGUUGCUCGUCGUCGUAUCGCUGGCUAUCUCAAUCGAUUGGCCGAGGUGAUCAAGGAUCUGACCAAGUUGUUGCAUGAUGUCAGGAAGGGUUGUGAUCCCAAGAUUUUCUACUGGGGGAUCCGACCUUGGUUUGUCGGCAGUGAUACCGUGGAUAAGGGUGAGCAAGUGGGGUGGCAUUUCGAGCAAGUGGAUCCGGAAGGGGUCAAGAGGGUCUUUUCCGGUCCUUCUGCUGGUCAGAGUUCGAUGAUUCACGCGAUAGAUGUGUUCUUGGAUGUGGACCACACCAGGAGGAAGGAGAGGUUGAAUCGUCCCGCCGCCACUGCCAAUGGUGGAGGUGGCGAUGCUCGCGGAGCAGAUGGCACGUUUAUGGAGAGAAUGUCGCUCUACAUGCCUGGUCAUCAUCGAGCGUUCCUCUCGCACUUGCGAAAUAUCUCUUUCGACGACGGUGAAGAUGACGAGGAAGACCAGGAAGGCCAGGAUCAUGGGGUAGCAACCAUGUCGAACUCGGUUGCAACUCUUUCUGCCAGUCGCAUCUCCACUCCCGCCACCACCACCAUCGACGCCGAAUCUGAUUCCGAGGAUGAAGCUCCACGAGAACUGCCCCACCCAAUCCGCAGCCUCGCCCUCGCAGCCAAAACCGAGGAACACGACGAAGGACUCCCCGCUGCCUACGAUAACGCCCUCCAACAGCUCAAAAGUCUUCGCGAUGAGCACAUGAAGAUUGCCUAUCUCUACAUCGUUGCUCAAGCCCGCGGGUCUCCACCUGACGCCUAUGCACCUUUGCCAAAAGGUUUCACUGGCGAACCUGCUGUUGAUCGUCGUCUUGCCGCAAAAGCCAAAGCAGCACAUGCAGAUGCGGAGGCGGAGGCGGAGGCGGAUGCAGCUCUCGAUACCAACUCGGAGGACAACGGCGGAGGUGCAAAAGGUACCGGAGGCACGGAUCUGGUUACCUUUCUGCGCGAUUGCAGAGUCAACACGAUCGAUGCGCUGAUCAUGGCAAAGGAUGCGGUGGUCGCUUCUUCAGCCAUCUUGAAGCCUGCAAGCGAUGCGGAUGCGGAAAAUGAGUCGUCAGGUCAGUCUACUUCCCCCACCUCCUCUCAAUCAAACAUUUUGCGGAAAAGUAUGACUGACCAACGCAACCCCCUCACCUCCAUCUCUUCUUCCCCGACUCUGCCACCGAUUUGGGAUUCAAAACUGCAGAUAUGGGCCGUUGACAUUUCCUCCCAAUCCGACAUGGCUGUUUAUCAAUUUCGCAGCCUUGUCAACACUCUGCUCCCUGGCCAAGCUAAUACUGGGGACAGGGAGAAAGUCAUGCGAUACUAUCGACAGGCGGAUCGUGUUCGUUCGCUCACUGCCCGUCUUCUGCCACGCUUGCUCAUCUCUGCCCAGUUCGGCAUACCAUGGAAUACGAUUCAGUUCAAGUCCACCCUCGAAGGUCGACCUUACUACGCGGGGAGUGAAGGGUUGGGGUUGGAUUUCAACAUCUCGCAUGACUCAGAUUGGGUUGUACUCGCCUUCCACACCUCCCCGGGAGUGAGGGUGGGGGUUGAUGUUAUGUCUCUUACCCUCCCCCGAUACGAAUCCUCGAUCCGGUCCUUCGUAGAGACGAUGGACAUGGCUUUGACUCCUGCCGAAACCCGAUGGGUGCUUGCUUCUCUUCCUUCAAACCAAACAGAGGCUCUACGGAGAUUGUUUACGCUGUGGACGUACAAAGAAGCGUACACAAAGAACCUAGGUAAAGGGUUAGGAUUCGAUUUUUCUCUUAUCGAAUUCACUUUUCCCUCCCCUACCUCUACAGACGAGAUGCCGAAGAUGGUUGCGAUCGAUCAAGAAGUAAGGCAGUAUGGAUUUGUCGAUGUAUUGCUACCUGCUGUUGGAGGUGGAGCUGAGAGUCAAGUCGUAGUUUGCCAUGGACCCCACCCUGAUCUUGCGCCGGAAGAUCGAUUUGGAGAGCAACUCUCAGCACAGAAAGCAGAGCAAGAGGGCUUGUUGCACAGCUUCACACUUGAACAGCUGCUAGAGUUGGCAAACAGCUGUGUUCGUUCUUUAUAG